UAACUCCGGAGACGGUGACAAGAUGGCGUCCCUGGAUCGGGUGAAGGUACUGGUGUUGGGAGACUCAGGUGUUGGAAAGUCUUCACUAGUCCAUCUUCUGUGUCAAAAUCAAGUGCUAGGAAAUCCAUCGUGGACUGUGGGCUGCUCAGUGGAUGUCAGAAUUCAUGACUACAAAGAAGGAACUCCAGAAGAGAAGGCCUACUAUGUAGAAUUAUGGGAUGUUGGAGGCUCUGUAGGCAGUGCCAGCAGUGUGAAAAGCACAAGAGCAGUAUUCUACAACUCUGUAAAUGGUAUUAUUUUAGUACAUGACUUAACAAAUAAGAAGUCAUCUCAUAACUUGUAUCGUUGGUCAUUGGAAGCUCUCAAUAGGGAUUUGGUGCCAACUGGAGUCUUGGUGACAAAUGGGGAUUAUGAUCGAGAACAGUUUGCUGAUAACCAGAUUCCACUGCUGGUAAUAGGAACUAAGCUGGACCAGAUUCAUGAAACCAAGCGCCAUGAAGUUUUAACUAGGACUGCUUUCUUGGCUGAGGAUUUUAAUGCAGAAGAGAUUAAUUUGGAUUGCACAAAUCCACGGUACUUAGCUGCUGGUUCUUCCAAUGCUGUCAAGCUCAGUAGGUUUUUUGAUAAGGUCAUAGAGAAGAGAUACUUUUUAAGAGAAGGCAAUCAGAUUCCAGGCUUUCCUGAUCGGAAAAGAUUUGGGGGAGGAAUGUUCAAGAGCCUUCAUUAUGACUGAAUAUACUCAUCCUUUUGAAGCGAGCAAACAGUGGCAGUUUUCGCAGCUUUCCUCUUGUUGUGUCAAUUUUUAACACCUUAAAACAUCUUAUUAAGCAUCUUAAAAUGCUACCCUUUAGCCUCACCCUUCAAUGAAAAAAUGAAAGGAAGCGACAAAGUGGGAGGUCCAAACCCAAACUUUGUUCCUGUCCUCUGUGUUCCUCACCUCUCUUCUGUCCCUGUUUAUAGAUUGUAUAAAAGCCUUGCGGAAAUACGAGAUUUUGUCACAAUGAUGCAGUAAAUGAGCAAUGACAGAGUACUGCAGAGAAAAUUUGCUCUUGCCAGGAACUGAAGGGUUUUUAUGGGUCUGUAAUUUUCCCACACUCAUUGCUGAAGGCUUAAUUAAGUGCUUCAAAACUUUAUCUCUGUUGUUUUACCUUCUUAAAGGGAAAUGUUAACCAGUCCUGAGUUGUCCACCCCAAAUAAUCUCUGUCAUUUUCAAAAGAAGCCAAAUGGCGUUAUUUAAUUGUCUCUACCCUCAUUACACACAGGAAUGCCUAAGAAUAGCAACCCUUGUCUCCCUCUUCUCUCCCUUACAAAUGGCUUGGUGGCUAAGAGAGUUGGACUAAUAGCUGUAGUUAAAUAUAAAUAGAGAUUAAUAAUACAUAAAGAGCAGUACUAUCAGAAAAGAAGAAUUAUGCAAAAAAUUGACAGUUUCUUCACUCUUUAGGUUGUAACUGUCUGCAGUGUCUUACUCUUUUCCGUUUGGAAAUAAGUAGGGUGAAAUGCAAAACCUGCACAAGUGCUGUAAGAGAGAUUUACAGCCUCUUUGAUAUUUACCUUUUUUAAGAAAAUUUAACUCCUGAAAUAUCCCUUUAGCUAUAGUCAGCAAACUAAGAAUAUGAUUCUUAUCAACAGUGUAUUUAUGGGAAAAAGUAAUAAUAAGUUCCACAGCAACACAUUUAAUGAAUUAUGAACCAGGAUUGUUGGAUUUCAUAAUCACUAAAAAUUUUAGGGGUGUGUAUAUGCAUAAUUGUUCAACUUUUUUUUU